UUAUUAAAUGACCAUAAUCAUAAAUAUAAACAAACUAAAAUACGUUUGGUAUUCUUUUGCUUUUUACUAUUUUAUUGUUCGCUAGUCAACAUAGCAUCCACAGUUUUUUAACAAAUAAAAAAUUUUUUUUUAUUCUUACCGUAUAAGUGUUUUAUACGUGUAUACAUUUUUAUUUAAUCUAAAAUUUUGCAUAUCGGAGCAGUAAUUUAUAAUAGGAAUAAAAUGCCAAAAAAAGACUUGAAGAUUAAACGUGGAACUUGCAUACUAACUGAGGAACCAUUCUGUUAUAUAUUAAAAUCGAAGUUUCGUAAGGAAAGAUGUGAUUAUUGUUUACAACAAGGACAUGUGAAAAAAUGUUCAAAUUGUGAAUAUGCAUAUUACUGUAACAGAUUUUGUCAAGUAAAUGCUUGGCCAAUUCAUAAAGUAGAAUGUCCAUUUUUAAAAAAGAUUGCACCUAGAGAUGUUCCAGAUGCAGCGCGUAUGUUACAUAGAAUUAUAUUACGAUUACAAAACGGUGGAGAUCUAAUAAAAGGUUAUUAUACUGAAACAUGCUCUCGAAAAUUCAGAGAUUUGAUGUCACAUUAUGCUGAAAUAAAAAAUGAUGCUAAACGUUUAGAGCAUAUUGAAUCAUUGGAGUCAGUUUUAAUUGAUCUUUUGGGGAAUAAUUUAAUGCCGAAUCAUACAGAACUAUUGGGUAUUUAUGGAAGGUUAAUAACCAACGGAUUUAACAUACUUGAUCCUGAAAUGAAUUCUGUUGGAACUGGGAUCUAUUUGGGAGUUUCAGUUACAGAUCACAGUUGUACACCUAAUGCUGUAGCUACAUUUGAAGGUACUACACUAAAAAUUCGCCUUACUAAGGAUAUACCAUGUCUUGAUUGGUCAAAGAUCUUCAUCAGUUACAUCGACCUUCUAGAUACAGCUGUUCAACGUCGACAAACUUUAAUGGAAAAUUAUUAUUUUUUGUGUACUUGUUCAAAAUGUAUAGAUGAACAGGAGAUGCUUGAAAUGGUAUCACCAGCAUGUCAAAAUAAAAAGUGUUCAGGAUUUGUCAGUUUAUCGAAAAACGAAUGCCAAGUAUGCAAAAGAAUUAUAACAAAAGAUUUUAUUAAACAAUAUGAAGAAGUAAUGGAGUUUACAAAAAAUCAUUUAGAAAACAUGAAAGAAAUCGCCUAUUUGGAUGUUUGCAAAAUAUGUUUAGAUAAACAAAACAAUGUACUACAUCAACUAAAUUUAUGGCGUAUUAAGACAUUAGAUUCGGCUUUUGAAAGUGCUAUAGAAUUUAAUAAAUGGGCGGACGCUAUUGAGUUUGGAUCUCAACUGGUACCAGGGUUUAAAAAAUAUUAUGGAGAAUGUCAUCCUUUACUUGGAAUGUUGUAUACGAAAUUAGGAAAAAUUCAACUUUAUGAAAGAUAUCCCAAAAUAGCUUUGCGUAAUUUUGAGGAAGCUAGAAAAAUUUUAGAAAUAACACAUGGUGCUGAUCAUUCCAUAUUUAGACAACAAUUAAGACCGCUAAUAUUACAAGCAUCAUUAGAAAAUAACGAGACAUAGAAAAUUUAACAUAAAAUCUAUUUGUAAAUAUUUAUAUUGUAAUAAACAUUUUGCUAUUUAAAGUUUCUAAUUAGUUUGUACAAUGAAUUGAAUUUGCGUUAAUUAAUAUAUAAUUUUAAAAUUAUGUUGA